AUGGUUUCUCUGCGACAGCUUAGCACUCGCCGGGCAUCCGAAGAAAUGCAUGAGAAAGACGCUGCCGUGAUGCAUCUUGAGGACCAACCGCAUUCUGCGAUCUCUCCCGAGGACCGAGAAUUUCUGAACAAUUUCACGCACGAAGCAAAGCUCAAGGUAUUGAAGAAGGUAAUUCCCACAAAUGAUGGCCAUCAAUUGCCCGCGACUGAACGAAUUCGCUAA